GAAGUUCGUUUCUAAUUUUACAUUCAACUGUAUUGAUGUUUUUUUUUUUCGCUGUCUGUUUAUAAAAUGAACAACAAGAAUAAGACAGUGUUUGUCACGGUUGGAACGACGCAGUUCGACCAACUCGUACUGAAAGUCGCCACAGAAGAAAUAUGCCAGAAAUUAAACGAUCUUGGUUUUAAGAGAAUGAUUAUACAAGCUGGACAUAGCAAACCCCCAUCAAAAAAGGCAGUAGCUGGUGUUGAAAUUUCUACCUUUGAUUUCAAGGAUUCAAUCUUAGAAAAUCUCCAAAAAGCCCACCUGGUGAUAAGCCAUGCAGGUGCUGGUACCACCAUGGAGACACUUAAUGAAGGCAAGCCACUAAUAACGGUGGUUAAUGAAAAAUUAAUGAACAACCAUCAAAUAGAACUGGCUGAACAAAUGUCGAAAGAUGGUUAUUCCUUGUUUUGUACUUGCAGCACUCUUCGUGAAACACUGAAUAAAUUCGACAAAAUGGUUUUUGAAAAAUACAUUCCUGGAGAUCCGACAAAAUUUGGAAUAUUCAUGGAUAAAGUUGUCGGCUUCUCCUCCUGAUGAACCGAUUCUUCACUUUGGACCAAACUCUGACUCGGCACCAAUUUCUGCAAUUUUCAUUUUGCAACAUUUAAAAAAAAUCCUCUCACCAUUCCUCUCAGUCCUUGUUCCUUUCUGUUUGUUACUUUUUGUUUUUGUUAUUUUCAUGUUUAGUAACGAUUUCAACAUUUGGGCACAAUGCCAGCAAUGUUGAGGGCGGGCAGCAGGGAGUAGUCUUAUACCAACAGCUUAUUGUCUGCAAGGACCUAAGGCAUUGCAGACAACAUCAAAGGAUUAAAUGCAGCAACAUCCACAAAAAAUAAUGGGGUGGGGGUGGGGGUGUUUGCAGUCUUUUUACUUGUUUCACUCACUAGACUGCGCCCAUGCUGGAGCACUGCCUCAAAGAGUUUCAGUCAAAUGAAUCAAUUCCAUGACUUAAUUUCUUGGGCCUGGUGCUUAUUCUGUCGGUCUCUUUUACUGAACUGCUAAGUUAUAGGGCUAUAAACCCACCAACACCAGAUGUCAAGCAGUGGUGGCAGACAAACACACGUACACGUAUACACACAGAUAUACACACAUACACGCACGUGCAUACGCACUCACGUGCUCUUUGAAAGAUUCUAAAUGUAAAACUGUCUCUUUUAAAAUAAGGCAGUGUUUUGUAUUCGUAAUAGGAUGAAUUCAUUACAUCCAAUUCACAAAUAUAUAUGUGUGUGUGUGUGUGUGUGUGUGUGUGUGUGUGUUUGAGGGGGUGCUGGAAAGUUUCUGGCUUCGAAGGUUUCAUGAAAAACCUGGUUUCAGGUUCACCCUCCCAAGUUUUUUCACAGGGCUUAGAAAAACUGAAGGGUUGCUGCAAUAAGUGUGUGAAUCUGAGAGAGGAAUAUGUUAAAAUAAAAUCCUAAUUAACUGAUCCUCCUGUAUUUUCUUUUACCCAAAGCCAGGAACUUUUCGGCAUCCACUCGUGUAUGUAUGUAAAUAUAUCAGAAAAAUAAGAAAAUAGAUAUUAAUCAAUCAAUAACUAUAUUUAGUAAUUGCAAAAAUAGACUUAAUUCCUUACAGCUGUUUCGAUUCAGGCUUUGAAGAUUUUAAUUGAAAUAAUUAAAUCCUUAUAAAGUAGAAUAUAUAUAUAUAUAUAUAUAUAUAUAUGUGUCACAAAAAACAGAGAAGAUCUCGAUGUAUCAAAAUGUCCUCUAGUUUAUUGAAAUUAAGCAAUAUCUUAUUUCUGUAUAUAGUUCUUAUAUGAAGUUAUUCUUGUUUUAUGCUUAAGAUAUAAACAACAUCUUUUAUUAAGUUUGGCACAUUUUGAAAUUUAUGUCAAUUGAAAUUUCAAGAAACUAUUUCCUUUAUUAAUUUUCGAUUCUGUGAUAUUGUUUCUAUUUCAGUGAUUGCCUUCCACUCUGUUGGGAUAAAAUGUAUUUGAUUAAAACUUGUUAUAUAUAGGCA